GACAGAUACUAUCGGAUUUGGUCAUUAAAUAAUUUCUAUAUAAAAUGUAAGACAGAGAAUCUGACUGGAAUGAAAAGUCCUAUAUAUAUAUGUAAGGUGUAAGGGGUUAGAGUCACAAGUCAAAUACUUUUGUUUAGAAAAAGAGAACAAAUCAAACAUCAUGGUUGGUUUAGCACCUAUUUUAUUUGCUCUCCUGCUAGGAGGGCUACCCAUAUUGUUGGCUUGUGUUCUUGUGCAAAAGUUCUCUGCAACACAUGAUCAUCAAAAUCCUGCUAAAAACUUGCCUCCUGGAAGCAUGGGUUGGCCUUGGCUUGGAGAGACCCUUGACUUCCUUAAGCCUCAUUAUACUUACUCUGUGGGAACCUUCUUGCAACAGCAUUGCUCUAGAUAUGGGAAGGUUUUUAAAUCGCAUCUAUUUGGUUCACCAACCAUAGUUUCAUGUGACCUUGAGCUCAACAUGUUUAUUCUUCAGAAUGAAGAGAAGCUAUUCCAAGCCAGCUACCCCAAGGCCAUCCAUGGCAUUCUUGGAAAGCAUUCGUUACUCACCAUAUCCGGAGAGCUUCAUAGAAAGCUUAGAAGCAUUGCUGUCAGCUUCAUUGCCAACUCUAAGUCGGCCCCCGAUUUCCUUCACUGGGUUCAGAAGCUGUCAAUCUCAAUGAUGGAUUCAUGGAAUGGCUGCAAACAAGUAUCCUUCUACAAACAAGCUAAAGCUUUUACACUGAGUCUUAUGGUGAAGCACCUUCUAAGUGUUAAACCAGAGGAGCCAGUAGCCUCGAGGAUAUUGCAAGACUUCGAAACCUACAUGACAGGCUUUGUUUCUCUACCAGUAAAUAUCCCUGGGACCUCUUAUGCCAAGGCUGUGAAGGCUAGAGUAAGGCUGUCUUCCACUGUCAAAGAGAUUAUGGAAGAAAGAAGAAAAGGGAAUGUUAAUAGAAACACAGAGGACUUCUUGGAUGUGAUAUUAUCAAAACAGAGCCUAAACGAUGAAGAAAUAGUGAGCAUUGUGUUGGACAUAAUGUUAGGAGGCUACGAGACAACCGCUACUCUUAUGUCCUUGAUUGUCUACUUUCUUGCCCAUGCGCCUAUUGCUUUCCGCAAGUUAAAGGAAGAACACCAGAGCAUAAGGCAAAACAAAAAAGAUGGGGAAUUUUUGAACUGGGAAGAUUACAAGAAAAUGGAUUUUUCCCACUAUGUUAUAUAUGAAGCUAUGAGAUGUGGGAAUGUAGUCAAAUUUGUGCACAGAAAAGCUCUUGUCGACGUGAAAUUUAAAGAGUUUGUCAUACCAUCAGGAUGGAAGGUUCUUCCAAUCUUUUCUGGGGCGCAUUUGGAUCAAGCUCUUCACGAAAAUCCCACGCAGUUUGAUCCUUGCAGAUGGGCAGAAGAUUUCAAAGAAAUGAGCAAAAAAGUGACAGUGUUUGGUGGUGGAGUGAGGCUCUGUCCGGGAGCAGAACUGGCUAAAGUAGUGAUUGCAUUCUUCCUUCAUCAUCUUGUCCUCAGUUAUAGAUGGAAAACAAAACCAGAUGAGUCUCCACUUGCUUACCCUUUCGUGCAAUUCCGGAGAGGCUUGCAAUUAGAGAUUGAGCCAGCUGAUGCAGCAGCUGCCUGAAACGACAAAGUAACUCCCACUUGCAAAUGAUCUUUCUCUUUAAUGGAUUCAUCUGAAUGUACAAGGAAAGAACAAAAAAGGUCAAUGCAAUAGUUGUAAAAUAAAUCCCACAAAACCAAAGGCAGGCAGGCAGGCACUAAUAAUAGCUUAAAGUCUAAUACAAACAAGGUUGUGAUUAUGUGAUUGAUCUUUCUUUUUAUGUAAUUUCAUUUCAUAUUAUUCAAUAAGA